AUGAUCCAAGAGCUCUUUGGGAGUGGCCUAAUUAGUGGAGAAAGGAGGAUUCAUCCCAUCACCACCAAUGGAACCACCAUUCUACCACCACCUCCUUCUUACUCCCACAACCAUCAUCACUCAUCUCCAUCACCCUCUCCUUCAACAGCAACUACAUCCACCACCGCGGCUGCCUCUCUCGCCAACUCAUCCACACCUUCUUCUUCUUCUUCAUCGUCGACGACUCCUUCUGGAGAUCAUCAGCACCUGAGGUGCCCUCGCUGCGACUCGUCCAACACCAAGUUCUGCUACUACAACAACUACAACCUCACCCAGCCCCGGCACUUCUGCAAGACCUGCCGCAGGUACUGGACCAAAGGAGGCGCCCUCAGGAACGUCCCCAUCGGCGGAGGGUGCAGGAAGAACAGGAUCAACACCACUACCGGUCUGACCCCAUCCUCCUCCUCCUCCUCCACUGCCAAGCUCAAGAGCUUGGCGGUGGAGUUUGGAAACUCAUCAUCAUCAUCCUCGUCCCCAUCCCUUUUCGGGGCUAGUUUGUAUGAUCUCCAUCAUGAGUCACUCGCGCCAUCUAGCCCUAUCCUAUGGUCUUCCCCACAAACCAACUCCCACCACCACCACUUCCUCUCCCUGUUGAGACCAACACCAAACCCGCGAAACCCUAAUCCUAACCCUAGCUCCACCACAACUAUCCAACCAACUUCUUCAAAACACGAGGGGAAUCAUGGUCUCGCCAACCUGUUCGGAACCAGUACCACUACUGCUACUACCACCACCACCCACUUGUUCGAGCCGUCGCCUACGACGGCUCGAACCCUAGGUGGGUGGGACUCCGCCUCACCAGUCAACAACAACAACAGGCAGCAACAAGCAGCUAAUUCGCUCGGUCUUAACUAUCCUCCCAUUCCAAUAUGGAUGGGGGACAGCAACGGGAACGGCUACCUAGUGGGCAGCGAUGAACCGCAUCAUAAUAAUACAGGUUAUGACGUUUUCAACGAUGGUAAUAAUAACGUCGGAUCUACGUCGGCGGGAGUUGCUUCUUCUUCAUCGACGGUGGCUCCGGUGGCCGGAGGAGGAGGAGGAGGGUUUGUGGGUUACAGCUGGAAUCCGGCAGCUUUUACUUCUUCUACUUCUGCCACUACUACAACUUCAUGGUCGGAUCUUCCCACCACCGCAAAUAAUGGUACCGCUUAUCCCUAA